AUUAAUUAUGUAGAAAAUUUUGUAUAUGGACAAUAGACCCUUGACUCAAAACAUGCACAUCACCAAGCCAACCAGAGCUAUUCUACUGAGUAGAUGAUCUUUCUAUUUAACUAUUUAAGCAAGCCACCAGAGCUAUUCUACUACUACAAAUCCAAUACAUCAAAAAACCAUGGCAAAACAUUCUAAUUCUACUACCUUCGUUAUUGUAUUCCCCCUCUUCAUUUUCUUGACCACCACUCCUUCACAUUCCAACAACCAUAUUGAUCUCGAAGCUCUUCUAGAAUUCAAGAAAUCCAUACACGAUGAUCCACUGCAUGCUUUGAGCUCAUGGAACGAAACAACGCAUUACUGCAGAUGGAAAGGCGUCUCGUGCAGUAGAAGGCAUCCAAGCAGAGUCGUCUCUCUGUCUCUGCGGUCUCAACGCCUAGUGGGAUCGCUCUCACCCCACAUAGGUUCUGUUGAAGAUGAUUAGAGGGCCACUAGUUCUCAGCAAUUUAACACAUGGAUCUACCAGGUACAGGUUAUCUAAACUUUCCUGUUCACACUCGAAAGCAUUCUGUGUUUCUUAGGAUUUAGUCAUAAACGCCUUCAUUUGAUAAAUAGCUGUCUUUCUACAUUUUUGCUUGUAGAUUUUAUAGUGCUCAUUUUCUUCUUACAAAUCAUUAGAGUUUACAAAGACAAGAUCAAGCUGAAUUCGAAUUCACAGUGAGUGGUACUUAUCUCUACUGCGUGUUUGUUAGUCUAGUUUUCUCAUAUAUAAUAACAUGGUGUUCUUGAUUUUUUCCUUUCUUCUUUUUCCUCUAAUUGAUGUUAUAGUUUCUAUUCUUUUAAUUUGAAAAUACGGAUGCUUAUGGAAAUACAUUUCUCGUCUAAUUUU